UUGCUUAGAAGAUCAAGAAUGAGAAACUACACAGGAAUAACAUUAUUCAUCCUGAAGGGACUCACAGAAGACCCACAGCUACAGGUCCUUCUUUUUAUCUUUCUGUUUCUCACUUACAUUUUGAGUGUAAUUGGGAACUUGACAAUCAUCGCCCUCACCUUGUUGGAUCCUCACCUUAAAACACCCAUGUAUUUUUUCCUCCGCAAUUUCUCCUUCUUAGAAGUCUCAUUCACAACUGUCUGUAUCCCCAGAUUCCUAUAUAGCCUGUCAAGUGGGGACAAUACUGUGACCUAUAAUGCUUGUGCCACCCAAUUAUUUUUCGUCAUCCUCCUGGGUGCAACAGAAUUUUUUCUUUUGGCUGCUAUGUCCUAUGACCGCUAUGUGGCCAUAUGUAAGCCUCUUCAUUAUACAACUAUUAUGAAUAAUAGGGUGUGUACCACUUUUCUCCUUUGCUGUUGGCUAGCUGGGUUGAUGAUUAUCCUUCCACCACUGAGCUUGGGCCUCCAGUUAGAAUUCUGUGACUCAAAUAUCAUUGACCAUUUUGGCUGUGAUGCAUCUCCUCUACUGCAGAUCACAUGCUCCAAUACACAGUUCAUAGAAAAGAUGGUUUUAAUCUUUGCUAUAUUGACAUUAAUUAUCACUUUGGUGUGUGUGGUUCUGUCCUAUACAUAUAUCAUCAGGACAAUUCUAAGAUUCCCCUCUGCCCAGCAAAGGAAAAAGGCCUUUUCCACUUGUUCCUCUCAUAUGAUUGUUGUCUCCAUCACCUAUGGCAGCUGCAUCUUCAUCUACAUCAAACCUUCUGCAAAGGAAGGGGUGGCUUUGAAUAAGGUGGUGUCAGUGCUCACAACCUCAGUUGCUCCGGUGAUGAACCCCUUCAUUUAUACCCUCAGAAAUAAGCAAGUGAAACAAGCUUUUAGGGACUCAGUAAAAAGGAUGACAUUUCUCUCAAAAAAGUAA